CUGUCGACUGACACUGUGCUUCUAAUUGGAGAUUAUUAGAUGUUCAUGUACUAAUUUUAUAAAAAUGAAUACGGAUAUUGAAGGAAAUGACCGUUUGGGUAAACUUGCAACCAACUUCAUCUCUUAGAACAAGUGUUGAUGUUACACCAAAAACUACGAUGUUAAACACUGGAGGAGCUUAUUCUUCAAAGUUCAAAGCCCUGGAGAAGGAACGAUUUGAUAAACUGCGAAGCACCAAUCAGGUGGAACAAGUGACAGUUCAAGAUAGAGCUCGUUCUUUAUCAUUGGAAACCAAUAGGAGAAGGAGGGCACUUGAGCUUAAGAAGAAGUUAGAAGCACAGAAAGAAGCCAGAAGGAGACAGGAAAUCUUAGAUGACCGGAAACAGAGGCAGAAUGAAGCAACACAGAAGUACCAACGUUUGAAAAGCGCCACUCACAGGAAAACAGAGGAUAAAGUGCGAGGGGCCAACCAUGGCUUAGGAAGGGCAUAUGACUUAGGAUUAUAUACUCAUCCCUCAAACACAGGAACAAAUGGUACAUCAAGACACACACCUGGUUUAGAUGAUGCCCUGAGAGCAGUACGUGGGUCACCAGGUUUGGCUUUUAAACACCAUGAACUGGAAGUUACGUACCCCCAGUCACAAAGCACCAGUGCACAGUCCAACUACCCCUACUACCAGUCUACAAUGCAUAGUCAACUGACCAACGGACACACACAGUAUGUCAAUCAACAGGGGUUGUCUGGAAUCAGUAACCCCCAACCCAUGAAUUUGAAUGGGAGGGGGGUAAAUUACCAUGGCCUUCCCCCUUCAGCUACAUCACACAAUACUAGUGGGUACCCUGGUAGGGAUGGUGCAACUGUUAAAUCAAUCUAUGAAAAACAAAUUGAAGACCAACAAAGGAACAUUGUGGAACAAAGUCAAAAAUCUUUGCAUGAGUUUAACAAAGCGAUUUUGAAUGAAGCAGAGAGGCCGCUGAGAAGGAGCAGUAGCUGCUCCAGUGUGGACAGUCUAGAGGAGCAAGACAAUACGAAAGGAAUACCAGUCUCCAAAGCAUACUCAACCAGUGUGCUGCCCUCAUCUACUCACACAAGUAAUUUUACAUCUUACAGAAAUGGAGUAAAUGGUACGUCGACAGUAACACACACACCUUAUUUAGGAGGAUUUGAUUAUAAGUCUUUGAACUCGAGCACAAAACCUGUGCAAAAUAGUGAACAUUCUGGAUUGGAUCAAAAUACUGGUGGUGAGAUCAGGUUGGAAGAGACUAAUGAAGCUGAUGUUGUUCAGGACCAAGUGGAUGUCAAUCCUAGGUUGUUGAACUCGUCAUCAAGUGCCAAAAAUCGGAUGGAUCAUGUCUUGAGAAAUCAUGCUAGUACAAAGCCAUAUACGACAACAAGAACUGCAGUUGCAUGGGCUUCACCACAGGUUGAACACAGUGAUAAAAAUUCAAAUACUGUGGUUGCCCCUCACUUGCAUCCAUUUUCAGCUAAGACGACAGCAACUUUGUACACAGUUGAACCUCCAUCGAAUUUUCAAUACAAAGUUGAUGUUGCCAGUCGGGCUAGCAAACCUGAGCAUUAUGUUGAGAAUGCAGGUACAGCACCAAGAUCUGAAAGAACUGUUGCACAAGUGAAGAUAUCCCCAGAAACUUCACAUACUGUAGAUCAGGUUGUCGAUGCAGAGGCAGGAUCUAGCAAAAAGGUCACACAAGCACCAAAAAGUAUUUUGAAAAAAGGUAAUGUUACUGCUAAGAACAGCGCAAUGACAAGCCAAAGGUAUGGCAACUAUACCAUGAGCCGUUUGGGUGGUGCCAAAGUUGUAGACAGUUUGGAACUGCGGAAAGCAUCAAGCAUGUCGGACAUCUCUCCUUCAAAGAAGGGUAUACGAUGGGCUGACUUAGAGUACAAGAGGUCUGAUAGUGAUGAUGAUCACUAUGGGCCUUCGAACGGACAAAUUAGUGCACAAAUCUUCAAUAAGAAAAGCGCAGAUCAGGCUGACACAAGCUCUAGGCCCACAUCUGCCAAGGUGAUGAGUCGAAACAGAGUAAGUACUACCCAGGAAAACAGAAUAUCUAGUGCAGGCUCAAUUAACAGAUCUUCUGUGUCUAGGCCUAGAUCAUCUGCCAUACGGCAACCUGUUCAUUCUACCAGUGACAAGGAGCCAAAUAACGAAACAAAUAAUGUUGGUGCUAAUGGUAAUAAAAGUGUUGCAAGCGCCAAUGGAAAAGCGGUUUAUGGACCUAAUGGUAUACGUUUGGACAGGACACCAACUGAUGAUGAAAUUAAUUGGCUAUGGGACAAAGUAAGAACAUGUUUGAAUGUUCGUGAAGAGCAAGGAACAACAGCUCCGGUUCCUGUCGCUCAGAAGCCACCUACCGGAAAACCACCAUCUACAUCAUCUCAGUAUGCUGAUGGAAAACGACCUAGUGCUAUCCGUACUAAACCACCCAUGCCAUCAGCGUUAGUGCCUCAGAGUAAUAAUAGUACAUACCCUCGUCGGCGCACGAGCAGUGACACAGCCAGCAGUUUCUUACGACGUACCGCCCUGCUCCAGCAGCGACGCCAGCAUGCCGCAUCUCUUCGAGGUCAAAAUACAAGAACAUCGCAUCAUAAUGAACCAAUGGGUAGUGCAGAUGUGCCAUCAUUUACAAUGAAUGAUCGACAAAAAAACGGAGAGGAAGUGAGUGACAGUUUGAUGUUGUUCCAAAGAGCUGAACGUUUAGCUCAAGAUGACUUGAGUGAAACGGAGAUUGCAGCGGCAAUAGAACAGCCGCAGCGGUGCACUAGGCCAGAGAUGAAAGGACCUAGCACCCUCUCCAUGGAAGAACAAAGACUGUUGGAAUCACUGGACCGUUUGAAUGAAAGAUUAAGAAUAACUACAGAAGCCACGUCACACCUUAGUACAACCUAUGCUCCAUUCAGUCACAAGGUUUCCACAGCUGGUAGUGGAUUCCGGGGACAUCGUCCUCUCAGUUCUACCAUCAGGACAGCAACUGAUAUUGGACACCGGAAACCUCACACCAGAACACUGUCCGCAGACAGAGCAAGUGGAAGAACAUAUUAUCGUUAAUAAGUUAUAUAGAAGAAUUAUUGUACAGUACUGUGUAUUUAGGAUGAAGAGAUAUAUUUAAAUAAUUAUAUGCCUUGAUUUUUUUUUUUCAGUGGUGCUUCAGGACUUUAGUUAUUAUUGGAUACAACUGGACUGUGUCCUAUUCAGUGUUUUUUUUUAAGCUAGGCUUCAGUAAGAUUUCAUCUGGUUCAUUAAGCACUAUUAAUUCAUUGUGUAGAUGUAAUGUGAAACGUUGGAUAUCCAGGUUUUUUCAUUGCAUGCACUUGGUUGUCUCGACUCAUUACGCGUUAAUUACAUUGAUCUAUGCUCUAGUUGUACUGUCCUUAUAAUAAUGCAUGACUUUUAAAUUGAUGUCAAAAUGACAGAUGGGGAAAGACAACCCCUCCAGCUUAGAUCCCUUAUGUCAUGUAAUGUUUUUUUAUCCCAUUCAUCUGGCAAUGCUAAAUUAAAACAUGGAAUUUACAAUGUGCCUUUAGGCUACUCUUCACUGUUCUACUUUCAGCAUUGGAGCUUCAUGGCCUUUGAGUGACUUAUUAUGCAUAUUAGCAACCAUAGUAAUUCCUUUUUGUCCUGGAGAAUUAGAUCCUUAUUAAGGUAAUUUGUAGUGAAGUGAUCAAUUGUCGAUUUACUUGUCAUCAAAUAAGGGACAUGAUUGCCUUUACAUUUUUCAUGAUAAAAUAUUUGUUAUGGUGUGCGAAUAAUGCAGUCCUCUGCAUGAUACAAUUAUCAUUUUGUUCAAGGAUAUCAGUGCAAUUUGUGUUUUAUUUGACUUGUAAAAUAUCUUUCAUAAAUCAUUGUACAUUAUUAAGAAUAUGUUGUGUUUUAAACAUUCCCUUUUUGACGUAAGGGAAAAACGUGCACAGAUAUGUUUGUGUACUCAGUGAAGCUUUAUCUUGGUUGGUGGUUACUGUGCUUGCUUUCUAAUGCCUAAAGUUCUGUCAAAGCCAUGAUUUUUCUUAUGAUGAUUAUAACAUUCUCUCUCUAUUCGAUAAAUCCAAACUUAUAUAUAUAUAUAUAUAUAUGUAUAUAUAUAUAUAUAUAUAUAUAUUUAUUUAUUUAUAUAGGACAACGUUCGUUGAAAGCUAUGCUACACGUUGUAUUAUUAUGUCCUUUAUUCGAACACUGUAUUUACCAUUCUUUGAUUAAAUUAAUAAGUUAACAGUGUUAACG